AAUCGGCUUCCGGCGCUUUGACAAUCACUCCAUAAUCCAAAUUAUUCUAAUAGGUAUUCAACAAUGACAUAAGAAUAUCGGAUUAACGAAUAGCAAACCGUCGAAUCGUUAGCAGAAUGUUAAAACUAUCAUGUAGAAUUCUGCAAGUUCUGUGCCGUCGUCACAAUUAAUACAAUAUGAUUAACAAUUAAACUUGUAGCUUUUCAAUACAACGAUUGAAUGAAAAACGGUCCUAGUCAAAUAUGAAUCUUACAAAUAGACUGAUUUGGUUCCUACAGAUUUCAGAUUUACAUCUUAGCGUUUUCCACGAUUGGGAGCGAGUGACUGAGCUCAAAGAAUUUUGUGAAUUAACUUUGGAUACAAUUAAGCCUUCAGCUGUUUUAGCAAGUGGAGAUCUAACUGAUGCAAAAAAAAAAGAUGGUAUUGGAUCAACACAGUAUGAAGGAGAAUGGUUAGCGUACCACAAUGUAUUAACAUCUGGGAAAGUGUCUGAAAAGACAAAAUGGUUAGAUAUUCGUGGAAAUCAUGAUAGUUUUGAUGUAAACAAUUUAAACUCUCCAAAAAAUUUUUACCGAAAAUAUUCUGAACAAGGCCAGUCUCAUCCACGAUCAUACAAAUACAAAGUUACAAAUCAUGCUGGAAUGAGUCUUAAUAUGAUUGCAGUUGAUGCUUGCUUGGAUCCAGGACCAAAAAGACCAUUUAAUUUUAUUGGAAACUUGGAUGAAACUGAAAUACUUCAUCUACAAUCUUUAGCAAAUAAUACCAAAGAUCCUAUAGUAUGGUUUGGACAUUACCCAACUUCAUGCAUUGUUACAUCAGGAAGUAAAAAUGUAAGGUCCAUUAUAGGUGAAAAUCCAAUGUCUAUUGUAUACUUAUGUGGUCAUUUGCAUACAUUAGGUGGUUUGGUACCACAAAUGUAUACAAUGCAAAAUGAAGGAUUUGCAGAGUUAGAAUUAGCCGACUGGAAAGAUGGAAGAGCGUUUAGAUUAAUAGCAUUUGAUCAAGGUUCAUUUUCAUUUAUUGACAUACGCCAUGGUCAAUGGCCAAUUAUAUUAGUCACUAAUCCAAAAAUACCAUGGCUUACUGUACGUAAUAUGGAAACUGAAGAAGAUCGAAAGUCAAAUAUUAAAUAUAUUAGAAUAUUAGCCUUUUCUGUUGAUCCUAUCAAACACGUAUUAGUACAAAUAGAUAAGGAAUAUAAAUGGAGAAAUUGUAGUAAUGUGGAAGGUAGUCCUCUUUAUAUAAUUGAAUGGAAUUAUAAUGCAUAUUCAAGUGGAUUGCAUACAUUACAUGUUAUGGUAGAAGAUAUUCAAGGACGUAAACAUGAAAUUAACCAUCCCUUUUCAUUAGACAAUUCUAAACCGGGACUCAAAUUAUUUUCACAGUGGCCACUUAAUGUUUAUUUUCCCGAUGUGGUGUUUUUGCAGUUACUUAUGAUGUUUGUGAUUGCAUCUUUGGCUAACCUGUUGCCGCUUAUAGUUUAUCGAUUUGUUAGCAAAUGCACAAAAUAUAGAAUCAACUAUAAUGCAAAAUUAUCACUGAUCAAGAGAUACUCAAGAAAAAUGAUUUUAUUGUCAAGUGUGAAUCGUAUAUUUUACACUCUACUUUUAUUUUACAUUUAUCUGUGUAUAGGUCCAUGGGCUGUUGGAGAACUUGUAACUGACUUGAUGGGUUGGGUCUUUCCAUGGGGCAUUUAUGUCAAGGGAAAACUUAUAAAGGAUUCUUUUAUAUAUGCAUAUGGUUUUGGACAAAUUUUAACUUUUCAAUUGCCUCUUAACUGCAUACUUAGUCACCGACUUGACAAAAGAAUGCAAUCAUUACCAAAUACCCAAUACACAUUUACUACUUCACCGUAUAUUUAUGUGGAUAUGAUUUUUUUCUUUCUGAUAAUUUGGCAAAUUGUGUGUUGUAUAUGGUUUUUUGGAGCAUAUGGUUGGAUAGCUACUUUAUUUGGUCCAUUAAAAACAUGGUCAAUUUUUAUUGCACUUUGGCUUUGGAAUGAAACCCGAAGAAUUACUAUACAUGAGAUACGAUAUGCAACAGGUAAUGGUGUAAUGGAAAAACUAAAUACAAAUUAAAUACUGUUUAAUAUUGUAUUAUUGUUUAUUUCACAAUUGUGUAGAAGUACACUAUUGUUAACGUCCUAUAUUGACAUUUGUGAUUUGUCAACAUUAUUUAUUGAUCCCUAUAGUUUAAUUUAUCACUAACUUUAUAAAUAUAUCAAUAUAAUAUAAUAU